UCUUUUUUUUUAUAUUUAUUGUUGAAUACGCCACACAAGGGUGGACCUUGUUUUCGUGUAUUGUCAAAUUAUUUCUAAAGAGGACAAAAAAAGUGGGCAGCGGGUGCUCCAUUGUAGGGCAAUUAGGUGUGGUCAUAGCUCGUCAUAAGCUAAUCAGGAUGUGUGGACGUAUAUUAUUAUUUUGAUAAAAACAUAAUUUUAUUAAGAUCACGUGCUUCAAAAAUUUAAAAAUUUGUCCUUCCACUUUUGAGAGAUAACCCUUCGUUAAAUAUUUAAAUUUGAUCUGGCCACACAGUUCCAUUUCAUACGUAGAAUGUGGCUAUUUUAAAAAGCGGAGGAGGAAGAAAUUUGAUUAUUUUGUAAGAUGAUCGUAGAUUACAUAGUCACUUCUAUUCGCUAUGUGGAAGCCGUGUUUUUGGCUGACUUUCUGCGACGCUUUUAUCUCAGUGCGGUCGAAUAUAUCCGAUUUAGACAUAAUUAUCUGCCCGAGGAUCGGUUGCGGAUGAUCCUCUGCCGCUCGUUCACCUACAAAAUGAAAUCGAUUUGCGUGCUGUUGCCAGUCACAUUCCUGGGAAUUGGAAUUUCUAUUGCUGGGAAUUUUUCGGCCGUACUUCCUACAUCCGAGUUGUUGCUUAUAAUUCCUCUGAACUGGCUCUUAAACGAUCUUGGUCACAGCCCGCUGACCGAACUCAACUGGUUAAGAGACUCCCAUGGACUGGAUUUUGCGACGGGAAUGGCCUCGAGCUUGUUCCACGGAUGCCUUAAGCUUUCGCUGCCCGAAUGGCAGAACGAUGGGCUAAAACCUCGAAUGGCUCUUUAUGAGGCCAGGAACAACAUUACUUUUGGAUUGGAUCGACUGGUUAUCCUUAGUCCCUCCAAAUCGUCUGACCAUAACAUUCUCAAAAGUGAUUUAUUGAAGGAAGCUAAGCCCCUACAAACUAGGAUCGUUAAUCGAGCCGGCGUGGAUCGUCACUUUAGGCUCAAUGUCUACAAAAUAAAUCGCAAGGUUAAUGGCAAGAUAUAUUACUUUGUCAUCGAGCUUGCCACGCCGUUGAUAACCUUUUCCGAUGCCCUGCAGUCCGAAUUGACGGCCACCCGGCAGAUGAAGCAAUUUAAGCGAGAGAUUAGGAUGAGGUUCAAUGAGAAAUUGAAAGAUCUCAUUAGGAAGGAUCCGGAGAUUCGCAAUAAAGUUUAUCUCAUUACAUAUAUUCCUCGAGAUGAAGAAGGUAAUCCUGUCGAUAUUACUGAUUUGCUCAUAUCUUACAUGAAAAAAAACAAAACUGUUAACAUGUUUGAAGAUUAAGAAUUUAAAAAAAAAAUCUUCGAUUCUACAGAUGGCAGAAAGAGGAAUUCUAACAUUAUUAAUCACUUACUAUGAAUGACAAUUUAUUUUGUCGAUUUAACCUAGAACUAACGAUAAUGAUGAGUGUAAUAAAUAAGCACUAUUAAGAGAUAAAA